UCAAGGAACAUCACCGCCACCAGAAGCACCAGCAGCAACACCAUGUUGGAAAAUAAACCGGAAAAUUACAAUAUAAAUGCCAAAAUUUGUCGCCUAGUGGAGCAGUAUCCCUGCAUGUAUGAUCGUUCACAUCCCAGCUAUUUGAAGAAAGAUGUUGUCGAUCUGGCAUGGAUAGCGAUUUCGAAAGAAAUGAAUGAUUCAAUUUCCUCAUGCAAAGAACGUUGGCGAAAUAUACGCACCUCCUAUGCCCGUUCGAUAAACGUGAAUAAAGUACCUGCCAGUGCGAACCGCACUAAACCCUAUUAUUUGCAUGAAGAAUUACAAUUUUUGUCACGGCACAUUACACCUGGUAUACCUGUCUCGAGGCGCUCCGUCUCCAACUCCUAUCACACAUCACCGCGCAGCGAAAAAGGCGAACACAUCGAAGUGGCUUUGGGAGAAGAAUCUAUCGAUAGUUAUGCUGCUGCCAUGAUGGAUUAUGAAGAUAAAUCACAGGAUCGUGAAGAACGUAGCAAUAGUGUUACUAGUGAAUCGUCGACGAAAAAGACGACGACGGAAAAUGAUGCAGAACCGGAGGUGUCCAUUGUUGAGGCUAAUAGUCAACAACAGCAGCAGUCGCAUAUGGAAGAAAGGGCCACCUCAACAACGGCCCCGGUUAGUGGUGAUGAAUUUGUUCCCCCACCCAUGGUACAAAUUGAAGAGGAUCAUUUGGAUAUGACACAGGAAGAGAAACGGGAUUCCAUUAAUUUUGCCUGUGCCCCACCUAAGAAACGUUUGAGGGUUGCCAAUAGUGCUUAUGGUAUUGAUAACUACUCAUAUCCAGAUGUUAAGCCCGUUGAAAUUGUACCUCCACACGACUAUGACAACAUUUUCUUGCAAGGCCUCCUCCCCGAAAUGAAAGCCAUGGAUUUUCGACAAAAAAUCCUAUUCAAACGUCGCAUCUAUGAGGUACUCUCCGAGAUUUUUGAUAACUCCUCCAGCCAGGCAACAUCGACAACGAAUUCCCAACACCAUCACCACCACCAACAACACUUCUCCACAAAUACCUCACCCAUAGCCAUGGUAAAUUCAUCAGAUUUAAAUAUGCUGCGUCGUCUAAAUCAUCUGCUACAGGAUCCAUCAGCCUCCACAAGCACCACCGCCAACAACAGCACAUUACAAACACCAGCACCUCUAACACCGCGCAGUGUAAAUAUUAGCAAUGGUGUCUUAGCUGCCUCACCCAAUACACCAACAACAGUGCCGAUUGCAAAGAUAGGUGCCACCACACGAUCCUCGGCAGCCAAUGUAACAAGAUUACGUAUGGUCAGUAGUGGUAAUGGUGUGUUGGUGGGACCACCAGCGGCCGUUAAAGAAGAACCCGACACCAAUUGA